GUACAGAUCCCACCAGAUGUGGUUGAGACAAUUGCAGGGAAUAAGUGGAAUGGAAGAGAGAUCAUGGCGUUUCUUCUACAGAAACGAGGGGACCAGGUCCGGAUCACACCGGACGUGGUCAAGGCAGCGGCAGGGAAUAAGGGAAACGGAAAAGAGCUGAUGGCGCUCCUUCUGGAGAAACGAGGGAACGAGGUCCAGAUCACGCCGGACGUGGUCAAGGCAGCGGCAUGGAAUGAGGGAAACGGAAAAGAGCUGAUGGCGCUCCUUCUGGAGAAGCGAGGGGACGAGGUCCAAAUCACACCGGACGUGGUCAAAGCAGCGGCGGAGAAUAAGGGGAAUGGAAAAGAGCUGAUAGCGCUGCUUCUAGAGAAGCGAGGGGACGAGGUCCAAAUCACGCCGGAUGUGGUCAAGGCAGCGGCAGGGAAUGAGUGGAACGGAAAAGAGCUGAUGGCGCUCCUUCUAGAGAAGCGAGGGGACGAGGUCCCAAUUACGCCGGACGUGGUCAAAGCAGUGGCAGGGAAUACGUGGCACGGGAAAGAGUUGUUGGAGCUCCUUCUAGAGAAGCGAGGGGACGAGGUCCCGAUCACGCCGGACGUGGUCAAGGCAGUGGCAGGGAAUGAGUGGAACGGAAAAGAGCUGAUGGAGCUCCUUCUGGAAAAGCGAGGGGAUCAGGUCCCAAUCACGCUGGACGUGGUCAAGGCGGCGGCAUGGAAUGGGAGGAAAGGAAAAGAGGUGAUGGCGCUCAUU